AUGGAGGAAGGGGUGGGGGAGCAUGGAGGUGGGGAGCAUGGAGGAAGGGAGUGGGGAGCGUGGAGGAAGGGAGUGGAGAGCGUGGUGGAGGGGAGCGUGGAGAGCGUGGGGAGGAAGGGAGUGUGGAGGUGGGGAGUGGGGAGUGUGGUGGAGCGUUGGAGGAAGGGAGUGGGGAGCAUGGAGGAAGGGAAAGGGGAGCGUGGAGGAGGGGGGAGUGGAGAGUGCGGUGGAGGGGAGCGGGGAGCGUUGAGAAAGGGAGUGGGAGCAUGGUGGAGGGGAGCGUGGAGGAAGGGGAAUGGGGAGCAUGUGGGGAAAGUGGUAUGGAGGAGGGGAGUGUGGAGCGUGGUGGAGGGGAGCGUGGAGGAGGGGAGUGGGGAGCGUGGUGGAGGGGAGCGUGGAGGAAGGGAGUGGGGUGCAUGGUGGAGGGGAGUGGGGAGUGUGGAGGAGGGGAGUGGGGAGAGCGUGGUGGAGGGGAGUGGGGAGCAUGAGGAAGGGAGUGGGAGCGUGGAGGAGGGGAGUGGAGAGCGUGGUGGAGGGGGAGAAUGGGGAGCAUGCGGGAUGUUAGUGGGGAAAGGGAGUAUGGAGGGGAGGGAGCGUGGUGGAGGGGAGCGUGGAGGAGGGGAGCGUGGAGGAGGGGAGGGGAGUGGGGAGCGUGGUGGAGGGGAGCGUGGAGGAAGGGGAGUGGGGCGUGGAGGAGGGGAGUGGAGCGUGGAGGGGAGUGUGGAGGAAGGGAGUGGGGAGUGUGGAGGAGGGGAGUGGGGAGCGUGGAGGAGGGGAGCUUGGAGGAAGGGAGAGAGGGGAGCGUGGAGGAAGGGGAGUGGGAGCGUGGGGAGGGUGGGGGUGUGGAGGAAGGGAGAGGGGAACAUGGUGGAGGGGAGCAUGGAGGAAAGGGGGAGUGGGGAGCAUGGAGGUGGGGAGCAUGUAGGAGGUGGGGGAGCAUGGAGGAGGGGAGCGUGGAGGAAGGGAUUAGGGACCAUGGCGGUGGAGGAAGUGGAGGAGGGGAGCAUGGAGAGUGUGGUUGAGGGAGGAGCGUGGAGGAAGGGAGUGGGGAGUGUGGUGGAGGGGAGCGUGGAGGAAGGGGUAGGGCGCAUGGAGGAGGGAGCGGGGAAGAGGGAGUGGGGAGUGGUGGAUGGAGCGGGGAGUGGAGGAAGGGAGUGGGGAGCAUCGUGGAGGUGUGGAGGAGGAGAAUGGAGGAAGGAGGUUAGUGGGGAAGGGAGUGGAGGAGGGGAGUGUGGAGGAGUGGUGGAGGGGAGCGUGGAGGAGGGGAGUGGGGAGCGUGGUGGAGGGGAGGGGGAGGGGUGGAGGGGAGUGGGGUGCGUGGUGGAGAGGAGCGUGGAGGAAGGGAGUAGGGAGCGUGGAGGUGGGGAGGAAGGGGAGUGUAGAGCGUGGUGGAGGGGAGCAUGGAGGAAGGGAGUGAGGAGCGUGGAGGAGUGGGAGCAUGGAGGAAGGGAAGUGGGGAGCAUGGAGGAAGGGGGUGUGGGGAGCAUGGAAGUGGGGAGCAUGGAGGAAGGGAGUGGAGAGCAUGGAGGAGGGGAUGGGGAGCAUGGAAGGGAGCCUGGAGGAGGGUAG